UGUUGUGGAGAUGAGCUAGAAUAAUGUUGUGCUGCGGAGAGGGAAAGUAGACUACGGAAGCAACAAAGGAUUUCGGACAGUUCCGAUUGAAUGUAGCUACACUGAGGACGAGAAUCCAGAUAGUCGAUUUGUUGAACAAAAUACAAAACCAUUAAUACUCAUUGCAUUCAUGAAAUAGCUUUCUCCAACACCGAAAGAUGAUUUCCCCGUGGGACCGAUGGUACUCGACCAGCUGCUGUCUCUGCUGUCAUGUCCGAACGGGAACCAUUAUUUUGGGGAUAUGGUAUAUGCUCAUCAAUGCGGUAGUGCUGCUCAUCCUCCUGACGGCCCUCAGCGACCCUGACCAGUACCACUACCACCUGACCAGGGCCGAGCUGGCCAACAGCUUCCACGUCAUGGACGAUGCCAAUAUUUGCAUUGCCGCAGCCAUCUCCCUGCUUAUGAUCCUAAUAUGUGGGAUGGCAACAUAUGGUGCAUAUAAGCAACAUGCUGCUUGGAUCAUUCCGUUUUUCUGUUACCAAAUCUUCGACUUUGUCCUUAACACCCUGGUUGCAGUUAGUGUUGUGGUCUACCCCAGCACCAUCCAGGACUAUCUUCUGCAGCUGCCUGGGAACUUCCCGUACAAAGAGGAGAUCAUGUCCACGAACAACACGUGCCUACUCUUCAUGGUGCUCCUCUUCGUCGGUUGCAUCCUGACCUUCAAGGCUUACCUGAUUGGCUGUGUAUGGAACUGCUACAGAUAUGUGAGCAGAAGAGGUGCCACUGAGGUCUUGGUGUAUGUCACCACAAAUGACACCACAGUGCUGCUACCCUCAUAUGAUGAAGUUGUGGCCGUCCCACCAAAGGAGCCUCCCCCCGAGUACGUUUCCGCGUGACAGAGGGCCCCACCUCCGCCUCCACCGACACCCCACUAACAGGAACCCCACCUUUUCAUCCACUGUUACGGCAAACUCAAAAAGGCUGUUACGUUCUCUUCCAUUCUCUGGAAACAUCAGUGCAUCUUUGAGGUGUCUUCCAUCCACGCGAUUUUCCCGAUAAUUUGUUCCUGUUUCAAGUCCUAUUGCACUUUAAGCAACGUCGUGUGCUCCUAUGUUUGUCUCUCUCUGUACCUUUUAAUGAGUCCAUCUGAGGGGAAAAAAAACUCUAAAUCGAGUGCAGAACAUGAGGCAAGGUAAUAAUAAAAUAAUAGUAAUAAUAACCUUUUUUAAAAUGGAAAGUUCCCUGGUACUCACUGAAUGUAAGGAUUUUUAAAAUUGUUUCUUUCCUAUGGCUGUAUGUACUGUAUGAAGACAGAUUUUGAGUACCACAAUUCAAAAACCCUCAAUGGUGUAAAAUAAAUCACUUUUUACUCUGCUUGUAUCAUCAGUAGGUCCAUGGAUGUUAAUUUCAUUCAUACGAUAAUAUACCCUUUGUUUUUCGAUUUGCCCCUCUCAUUCACUGCCCAUGUUCAGUCUCAGAUUUCCGAAACUUGAUUAUUGGGUGUUUUAUAUACUUAAAAACAGUGUACAUAAUAUUUCAGAGAAUGGGAGGGUUCCAAAGAAUUACACCCACCUGAAAUCUGAAGUGAUCAUUAUAAUGAUCUGUGAUAUUUAUCAGAUGUUCUGUACAUACAGAUGGUAAAUAUUAUGAAAAUAUUUCCAUGUAAAAGGCCAGUAAGUCUUGACUGCACGCGUCAGUGUCAGCAGUUUGUGUUUUUCACUAUUUGUACUGUAAAUUUGUACUGUGGAGCUGUUUCUUUUUUUCUUUUUUUACCUGCUAGGUGCAGAUUUUGUGCGCUAGUCCUAAAUCAUCGGAGGCCUUUAGCAACACUAGAAAUCUGAUAUUCUUAUAUGAAUGCAGAAGUCAACAUAACUUACAACUAAUAUGGUUUGGACCCAAGGCAGCAAACCGUAGCGUACCAGACUUUAACGUGUGACCCCUGUAGUAUGUUCAAUACCUCUCAACCGCUAGUCUGUUUUGAGAUGAUUGUGAAGGAUUAUAUGGUUUAAGGAACCUUACUGUGAAUUUUAUAUGCAGCUAGUACCAUGCAAUGUCUAAUGACAGUAUACGACUCUUCCAAGACUUUGUUGAGCUUUGGCCCAAUAUGAAAUUAGUUUUUCAUGCCCAGCUAUGCAAGAGUAUGUCUAGUUUACUGUUUAAUUAAGAAGGAUAAAGGACGUCUUGCCAUUUUUAUUAGUACUGACUACUGUAGACAGCGCCAAGCAUCUUAGAAAAUGACAUCACUCAACAAACUGUUUUUAUUCUAUUCAAAUAAAAAAGACCUUACAAUUGA